GAAACUUUGUGCGGAUAGUCUCAGAUGAUCAAUAUGUUGAGGUGGAACUCAGAUGCAACUACAGCAGCCCCUGCUUCAAUUGUUCACCAUGCCCGGAACGCGUAUGGAGAUAACUAUCAGGAUUGGAGUAAGCACGUCGAAACCUACUUGUUGGGGGAAGAUCUUUGGGACGUUGUGGAAAGCACGAGUGAAAUUCCUAAACAAGCACACUAUAAAGCUGAAUUCAAGUUUUGGAGGAAGAACAAUGCCAGGGCUUUGCAUAUAAUCCGAAAGUGUUGCGGGCCUGAUCAGUUUGCUUUAAUUCGGGAUGAGACUUCGGCCAGUAAGGCGUGGCAUAAGUUGUCAACAAUGUUCAAACCAGAUAACGCACCAGACAACAAUGAAGAAGAAUUUGGUAAACAUGAAGUGCUUUAUCAUGCUGUGAAGAACAACGAUUGGAACAAAGCAAGUGUGCAUCUUAUUAAACAUCCUGAUGCCGUAAGAGCAAAGAUUACAUAUUUAGGCAAGACAGCUCUCCACACAGCAGCAGAUGCGGGGCAUUUGGAUAUUGUUAAAUCUUUGGUGGAAUUGAUGAAAGAAGACGACUUAGCAAUAAAAGGGAAGGAUGAGAAAACAGCUCUUGUUGUUGCUACUAAUAGAGGAGACAUUGAAAUGGCUCGCUGCAUGGUAACAAAGAAUAAGAAGUUAGUUAGCAUCCCUGAUCGUUCCGGAAGACUACCAGUUGUGUUGGCUUAUCGCAAUAGCCACUGGAAUUUGGCUAAAUAUCUUUAUGAGAAUACACCACCUGAAGACCUUAUGCCAGAGAAUGGACCAAAUGGUGCAACUCUUAUUUCUCAAUGUUUUUAUGCGAAAAAAUAUGGUAAGAGAUUUUUAGUUCUUGAAUAUUUAUCAAUACUAAGGACUUUAUAA